UCCUCCAUGGUUUAAUUUGAGCAGCUACUGGGAAUGAGCUUAAGGACACUUGGUAACUUUUAUAUAAAAGCGUUGUUAUGACACCGGUAAACAAACAUGGCGGCUGGUAGAAAGGCAAACUCUCUCUGUUCAGUGGACUUUGAGGUUUUUGGGAAGGUACAAGGUGUAUUUUUUCGAAAGGUAAUAUUUUCUUGAUUAAACAACUCCAGCUCUGGGAGAUUAAGUUAUAAGAAAUGUAUGGCAGACAGAGCAGAGAAUGGAUACUUAGAUAAUGGAGGUGAAACUGAUUUCCAAGUUGCAAAAACUUUUCCUACCACUGUGAGGCCAGAAAAGAUGAAAUGGUCUUCUAAAUUGUCUAUUUUUCAUCCUAGGAGAAAGUGGUUGAGAGUCACAGGAAGCCCACUAUCAAGAAUUGAUCGAUGUGAAUUCAAGAAUGAAAAAAACAUUAGUGUGCUGGAAUUUAGUGAUUUUGACAUCAGGAAAACAAAGCCAUAGUGAAACACAGAGAGUUCCUCUUACAUCAUCUUAUGUAUGACUCAAUCAGAGAAGCUGCUUUACAGGCUGGAACAAUUUUCUGAAACACUUAUCAACUGUGUUCAAAGCAGUCAGAAACCAACUUUCCCUCUUUGCAGUAGAACUAAUUUCACAGAUGUGUUGACCAUAAAUUGAAGUUUGAAAUAGUGGGUAUGGCAUGGCAAUUCCAAUUAUUGUACUGUUAGACUGUUCCAAAAGACUGUUUUACUGGAUUUCUCUAUAACCUUAGCAUUACAGUCACAAUUGUUAUGGCUUUUGAGUGUUUGGUUUUUAAGCACAUUGAAUAUGGUUGGUGGUAGUUUUGGAACACCGUUUCCAGCUAACUUAAACUAACCUUGUGUGGUGACAUUAGUUAAACACCAUCUCAAAUUGUUCAAAAUAUUCAAAGUAGACAGCACAUUUUGCCCAUUGAGAAGAGACUCUAGCAAACAGUGGAAGACUUACUUUUGAAGUGUUUGGCCUAUAAGUGUAAAAUGUCUUCAGUUUUGUGGGCAAAAUUAGAAAGGUUUAGUACUUUUUCUUAUUGUGUCUAAAAGAUUCAUAACAUCAAACAGAUGUUCAAAAUAAAGAAACUGCAUUUUUUCAACAAUGUAUGCUCAUCUUUCAUAAUGACCAAAGUCAACUGGAACUAAUAAAAUGUGAUUGGAGAGGUA